AUGGGCAUGGAAAACAGAAUCGGAAAGAGAAUACAGUACGCUAAAACCGACAGUGAUAUAAUUGCCAAAAUGAAAGGUACCUUUGCAGAACGUCCCAAGAAACCAAAACGAGUUAUUCCUGUCGCAGAUGAAGAAGCCAAACGUGCCAAAAAACGUGCAAAAGAGCAAGCUAAGCAUUCACAACAAGUUGGUUAUCAUGCUAGUAUACCUCAACAUCCAGGACUUGUUAAUACUGCUGUUCCUGAACAGCCACCUAAUCAAAUAUUGUUCUUAACAAAUCUACCUGAUGAGACAAGUGAAAUGAUGUUAUCAAUGCUGUUUAAUCAAUUCCCGGGUUUCAAAGAGGUACGGUUAGUACCUAACCGACACGAUAUCGCAUUUGUUGAAUUCGAAAACGAAGUUCAAUCCGGGGCUGCAAAAGAUGCUCUUCAAGGUUUCAAAAUUACUCCUUCGCAUGCAAUGAAAAUAUCAUUUGCAAAGAAAUAAAUUAUAGAUUUUGUAUUGUUUAUACUAUAAUAAAAUAUAAAUAAUGUAAUAACUACUUAUAUCUAGCAUUAUUUUGUGGAGUUCAUAGUGGAGUUCAUAAACACAAUAUAAUGUGAUAAUUCAAUGUGUUUUAUUGUAUUAUUGCAUAUAUUCUGCGUGACAAGUUAUGCUAUAAUUGAGAUAUUUCAAAUAUUUUAAAAAUACAUGUAAAAAA